AGCCUCGGAACCGCCCGAAUCCCGAGAGCCGGGCUCUUUAUUCCAUCUCUCCCUGGGAAAAAAACACCGGGUUCCAGGCUGCUGCCAGAGAUGCGUUUCUGUAGGAAGAUCUUGGCUGCAGCCUUGUGUGUCCUGGUUCUGCUGCCGGAGCCGGGCAGUGCCAGGACUCUCUGGAAACGCGCUCUGCUGAAAAUGACGGAGAAAUACGAUGAUUAUGAGUACCCUCUUCAUUCUCACAGUUCCCACUACCAGAAGAACGACCGGUGCCCGCCGCCGCCGCAGAGCCUCCCUGAGCACGCCUGCGAGGUGCCCAGCUGCCGCUCCGACUCCGAGUGCGAGCGCCACAAGCGCUGCUGCUACAACGGCUGCAUCUACGCCUGCCUCGAGUCCGUGCAGCCCCCGCCAGUCUUGGACUGGCUGGUUCAGCCCAAACCCCGCUGGCUGGGAGGCAAUGGGUGGCUUUUGGAUGGCCCAGAGGAAGUCUUACAAGCCGAGGCCUGCAGCACCACGGAGGACGGGGACGAGCCCCUGCACUGCCCCACGGGCUACGAGUGCCACAUCAUCAACCCUGGCAACACGGCCGAGGGCAUCCCCAACAGGGGCCAGUGCAUCAAGCUGCGGGGAAACCCAGAUGGACACAACCUGAGACAUAAGUAUUACAAGGAAUAUUUUGGGAGCAAUUCCAACAAUUUGGUCGGCUAUGUGAAAAACCAGCAGAAGCAUUUAGGCUAAUUGAAGGUGUGCCUGGCUGGACUACUCUGUCAAGGAAUGCUUUACCCAACAGGUUUCUGGCCCCAGAUCUCCACAAGCACAUCACCAUCAUCCCCCUGCCCAUCAAAAGAAAUUCCAUUAUCCAAGGAACAGGAUGAGUCCAGAUUUUAACCCCACCAGGAAGGGGAAAAAUAUGAUCUCCCAAAGGAAACCACACUGUUUAUCAGCUGUCCUGCUAUAAAUGAAAUGUAAACACCUCCACACUGUAAGCCACAGUGCCAUGAUCAGGCUGCUGCCACAGAGCCUGCCCUUCAUGUGCUUGUUGUGUGACCAAUUCAGAUUUCAGGCCUGUGAACACAAACAGUGUUACUAAAGUGACGUCAGAAUUCUACCUGAAUAUCAUAUCUAAGUUGCUUUAAAAUAGGUGAGACUAAAGAGGUUCCCUGGAUCAAAUCCAGUGCCUGCCUGUCUUAAACAGCUCCUUUAAAGAAGCCUUUUCAUCAGCUUAAAAUUCAAACCUGCAAGUUUCUUCUUUUCUUAUUUAUAUCCAGACAAAAAACCAGGCUUGACACACCCACUCUAAAUGGCUAAACCUGAAGUCUUAAGAAUUUGAGGAAGUUUAAGCUAGGAGCAAAAACAGGUUUAUAAAUGUUUUUAGGUUACUUUUCUCAGUCUGGUGAGCUGCAGAUUGAGAGUUAAUAAUGGAACAAAUUCCUUCCUACAAUAUCCAGGCAGACACACAAAUGCAUGCCGGGCUUUGUAAUGUGCUGGUUUUAGCCAGCACAGUUAAUACUCACAAAAUCUGUGGCUUUGUACCUGCAAAACCUCAGCAAGAGGCCUGAAGUCUGCAUAAUUUGUUAAAUGAAAAGCAAACCCAGGAUAAAUUUGUGUGAUGAAAAAGAUUGUCUGGCAGAUGGGCCACGGCUCCUCAGGAGUCCUGUACCUUUGUGUUCCAUAAAUCCUUAAUGUCUGGAUAUUUGUAUUUGGGCCUCACAGCUUCUUUUAGCUGUUUAGCAUUAUACAGUGGAAAACACAUUUUCUGUUAUGGUUUUCCUUUCCUGUGGCAGUUCUGAAGGGACAGUUGCAUUUAUUGUGGCAAAUCAGCCAGAAUUGUUUGGCAGAAAAGCCACGUUUGCUGCGUGGUUUAGUCCAUGUCCCAUCUGCAUGCAUGAAAUUAGCAUUUUAAUUUGCACAGUAGUAGCACUGCAUAUAAAUACCUAGUUCACAAAUGUAAGUGCCUACUUCCACUCACAAAAUACAGGAUUUUUUUUUUCCACUCACUAAAUGGUUUAAGCCAAACCCAAGACACCUAUAAAACUCUUGAUACUUUGCACAUGACAUUUGCAGCUGGAGAGAUGGAAAAUGCCAAACUGCUCUUCUGUUUCCUAUUCUAAACACAGUCCUCGGUGCUUUACAGAGCAAAGAAACAGCUGAAGGGCUCCACAUUUUCCUAAAUAUCUUCAUUUGUUGAACUCACUUUUUUUUCAAAGUGCAAGGUAUUAAAUGCAGCACCGUGUUUGGACAGAGCUAUUUCUAGAAUUUUAUCCUACAGCUUCCUGCAAUAAGAUUUUAAUUCCUGCUCAGACAAGAGCCACAGAACAAGAGAGUUGUGGAAUGGUUUGUGUUGGAAGGGAGUUUAAAGCUCAUCACCUUCCACUAGACCAGGUUAUCCAGGCUCAAAUUUGUAUUUAAUAGUUCCAAUCUGUGUUUAGACCAGCACCUUGCCACGUAUCCUACUGCAGCCUCACUCCUUGGUGCUUCUCAGUGAAAUAGAUCUUCUUCAGCAUUACUUUCAGCAGAAAAAAAUCAAAUUCUGAUUAAAUGAGCAAAGCCCUCCAGUGAUCUAAUCCCCAAAGAGUAAAUGCCAAAAUGUUCAAUUUUAAGCUAAAAAAAUUCCUAAAACUUGUGAGGAGCUAGUUGAAAAACUAGUGUUGAGCAUUCAUAAAUUUGAAAGAUUAAAACUUCAAAUCUCAACCUAAUCUCUCAAAGCAGCCCAAAAUAUGCUUAAUUUGAGUAGACACACUCACUUCAGUGUCUGUUUUCUUUGUAGCUGCAGAAGCACGUACCUGACCACCAGGGUGGGGCAGUGCAGGUAUUUUCUGCUUGCAAAAGGAAUUAAAACAAACCCAAGAACAUUGAUGAGUUAAUAAUUCGAUGGUGAAUUUCUGUUUACUGGGUGUUAUCAAAGCCAUCGUCCUUCUUCGUGGUGCUAUAAUGCUCAGGGGGGUUUUUCCAAGUUAAUUCAAGUUAUUAAUUGUCAAACUCAGAAACAAAAGCCACAGAAGGGACUUGUCAAAGUACUGUGUUUUCAACAGUGAAAUGCUGAACACUGAAAUGGGAAACUCAGACACUGAAACGAAAACACAAAGCAGAUGAGCUGUCCUCAGCUGCUCUUCUCUCCAAAGACAGAUGCUUUACCAGCAGCACAGUAGGAAAUACCUGGUGUAGGUUGUUUUGAACAUUUUCAUAACCACUUUGCAGUGUGUUUGGUGCUAUGAUCACCUUCCUGUGUGUCACUGAGUGCUGCCGAUGCCCACGGCCUCCCACAUCCCCGAGGAUCUGUGCAGCCCCAGGCAGCCCCUCCCUGGUUUGUGCCCCCGGUGCUCAGAUGUGUUCAGGUUCUGCUUUGGUGCUCAAUAAAA